UUUUUUCAGAAGAAAUAAUGGGAGGAACGAUGGAGGAGCAGCUGAAGAAGGAGGAGGCAGAACCGUCUCUGCCGGUGGAGCCGCCUCUAGCGGUUGAGCCUCCGCUGGCUUCGGCCCCUAGCGACGUCGCGGUUGCGGAGAAGGCGGCUGUGGUCCCGCCGAGUGAUGUGGAUGUUAAGGGCGGUGAUGAUGUCAAGGCUCUCGCCGUAGUUAACAAGGUUCCGGAAACUCUGGUGAAAAAGGCAUCAGGAGGAUCAAUUGACAGAGAUAUAGCACUUGCAGGACUGGAGAAAGAAAAGAGUAUGUCUUUUAUCAGGGCAUGGGAAGAAAGUGAAAAGUCUAAGGCAGAGAACAAGGCCCAAAAGAAGCUUUCUGAUGUUACUGCAUGGGAAAGCAGCAGGAAAGCAGCUGUGGAAGCCAAACUCAGAAGCAUCGAGGAACAAUUGGAGAAGAAAAAGGCACAGUAUGCAGAAAAAAUGAAAAACAAAGUUGCCUUACUUCAGAAACAAGCAGAUGAAAAGAGAGCAAUGGUUUUAGCCCAGAAAGGGGAAGAACUUCUCAAGGCUGAAGAGACCGCUGCUAAGUACCGUGCAACCGGAAGCAUUCCAAAGAAGUUCCUCAGUUGCUUUUGAAGUAGUGCUUUGAGCCGGUUUCUAUGUAACUUCUGGGUUUUGUCAUGUGUAUAUCUUUCUAGUUUGCUCUUUUUGCAUUUUGGGGUUCGAGUUGAUUUGUUCAUUGUGUUCUUUAAAUUAUAUGAAAACCGAUACAAAAUCAGCAACUGUUCUUACUCGUCUGUGUGUGUAUAGGAAGUCUAUUUGACUUGUGAAUUCCAAGUUUGUUAUUUGUUUCAGAAAGCUUUUUCUAGUAAUGGGAUAAUUCCACACUAUUCAUCUUUCA